ACGAGUGCACGAAAAAAUUAUUUAAGCCGUCAACACACAUAAUUUCAUGCGUGUAUCUCUACACGUUCCCAUGAAGCUACGAGCUGAAGACAACGACAGUCAAAUUUAAAAGCAAAACCGAGCAGAAGCAGGAAUUGUGAAUGAGCUUCGGUCGUUUAAUUUUUUGCUGCAACAAGGAAACGUUCGGUUUGACAUGGGUCACUGUUGGUCGUGCAUGUGUAGAGAAAAGAAAGCUCUCUUUCGUCGAGGAGGAUGCCUAGAAGAUUGGGUUUUCGUAGAUUCCGAUUUUGAAGACGACGAAGAAACAUUUUACCGAGAUGAAGCCCUCGACGAAAUUCUGUCAGCAUUCGAGGAAGCUCUUUCUUGGCCGAAAGAACAAAACGACUUCCCCAAUUCGACGGCCAUUGAUGCUAUGAACGAUAUGUUUUGCAUGGCUUCUUCAGAAAUGUCUCGCUUGGCUUCGGGUGAUAAAUUUACCGAGGCCGAUGAAAUAGCCGAUGCUAUCGUAGAACUCUACGACGUUUGGGGAGAGAGUGUCUUUAGCUCUCUGAACGUAACUUUUUUUACGAGAGAAGAGAUUUCGCUCAACCGGUUUACCAUUAAAGUUGGACAAUACUUGAAACCAGAACCGUUGCAGGAGCGAGAAAAUGACAUAGCGGUCAAGCUGUAUUUCUUCAUUGUUUACGAUAUGGACCUGGAGAAAUAUGUUUGCACGUACCACUUGGAAUACAGAGAUUUUAGUGGCAUGACUGCUGGAAUUUAUUUUCUGAGGCUUAAAUGUCGCAGAGGAAGGUUCCAGGUUGCAUCUUAUGGCGAGAGUUGUCCAGUAUACUGGAAGAUUCGACAAGAUGUUUUGAAAGACUUCUCCAAGAGAAAACGGACUUUUAUUUCAUGUUAAUAUAGUUUUGAACCCUCCAAGGAUUUGAGAUCGAGAAUAUGCACUGUCAUUCACUAGCUGUAGAUAGAAGUCUCUUUAAAAUCACAGGAAAUUUGUGAUAUUUGGAAAAUUUCUACUCUUCCGUGUCUCCUAUUUCGAGUAGUAAAAUCUUCAGUGAUCGGUAGUCAUAUUUUAUCCAAUUCACAAUGAGGAAGUUUUGUAAAUAGUGUACGAUCUACAAGGAGUGGAAAUAUAUUUGUUUGUCAGUCUUUGUUUUCGGUGUGUUUGGUAAAGAAUGGCAAGCGGAAAACUGAAAACUAUGUAUUACGGUUCUCAUCGCCGCUGUUUCAUACCAACUGAUCACUAUAAACUAUGAAUAAAACAAACAUG